GGAGAAGUGGCUGGUGGCGGUGCACCGCUGGAAGUGGCUCGGGUGAUGUGGGCUGGUUGGAGAAAGGAGCUGUGACCGUGUGAAGGUCUCAAGGUGCUGCCGUUAACAUGGCGUGGAUGGCCCGGCCACUCCUCGGCUUGAUUCCUCGUGCAUUGUCGAAUGCUUCGGUUCGAGGCAGCCACUGGCAUACAUCCCUGCUGGCACUCAGAGAAUCUUUGCCCACAAGAGCUGAGCCUAAGAAAAAGAAAAAAGUGGAUCCCAGAAGAGAGCUGGCGGUGAGAGACCGUUUGAGAAAGAAAUUGAAGAAAUUGGAACGGGUUCCACCAGAGCUGAUCCCAAUUGAAGACUUUGUCUCGCUCACAAAGUUCUUUGAAGAGUGCAGAGUUCGAGACCCACCCAAACUGACGGAGGAAGAGAGUGAGCGACGAGCACUUCUUAUGAAGGAAUGGUCACAAUAUAAGCAGAAGGAACAUGAAAAGGAACAGGAAAUAAUACAAUCCAUGAUAGAUGCACAGCACGAAGCUCUACAAGAACUGCGACUUGAAUCAGAGGAUUUGUACCAGGCUGCCAUUAAACAAGACCAAGGACUUUUCCCAUUGGAACUACCAGGAUGUAGUUACACUCCUCCUAUAACUGACUACCAAGCACCUGAUGGAAAAUACAGAGAUACUACCAAAGUUUAUACUCAGUGAUGUGUAUGAGAACCCUUUAUUUUCCACUUGUCCUUUAAAACUCAUUUUUCUAAAUAAAUAGUCAUAAAGUGAAUGUAA